AUGGCUCCUAACGUUCUUGUCGUCCUUACCUCUCAUGAUGAGAUCCCUGGCAAGGGUCCUACCGGCUGGUUCUUGCCCGAAUUUGCCCACCCUUAUGAUGUGCUCUCUAAGAAGACCAACCUCACCAUUGCCUCGCCCAAGGGUGGUGUUGCACCCCUUGAUCAAGGCUCCGUGCAGAUGUUCGCUGCCGACCCCUCCUCUCAGAACUUCCUGAAGAACCAGGAAGCUCUGUGGACCAACACUGAGAAACUCUCUGACAUUGUUUCUCGCGCCGGCGAGUUCGAUGCUAUCUUCUACGUCGGUGGUCACGGACCCAUGUUCGACCUUGCCAUCGAUCCUAUCUCCCUCUCUCUUAUUCAGACCUUUGCUGUCGCCAAGAAGCCAGUGGCCGCUGUCUGCCACGGCCCCGCCGUUCUUGUUAAUGCCACCACUCCCUCCGGCGAGCCUCUCAUUGCCGGUGCCGAGGUCACUGGAUUCACCAACCUCGAGGAAGACCAGGUUCAGCUUUCUUCCUUCAUGCCUUUCAUGCUGGAGACUGAGCUUCAGAAGAAGUCUGGCAAGUUCGUUAAGGCUGAUGAGCCCUGGGGUCCUAAGGUCGUUGUCUCCCAGGUCGCUGGCCUUGGCGGUGCUUUGAUCACUGGCCAGAACCCUGCUUCUGCUACUGGUGUUGGUGAGGCUAUUCUGGCUGCCCUCGGACUGUAA